AUGGGGAACUUAUCUACUUCUAAAUUCUUUAUUCUUUCUGGGCUGCAGGACUCAGGAGUUUACAAGCAUCAAUACUUCUUGUUGGUGUUUGUCCUUUACACCCUCAUUAUUACAGUCAACUUAACUUUGAUUUGUAUUGUGACAGUGGAUAGAAGUCUCCAUGAGCCCAUGUACAUUUUCAUCUGCAAUCUGUGUGCAAACGGACUCUACGGGACUGUUGGUUUUUACCCUAAAUUUUUGCUGGACUUGCAAUCUGAUAUUCACACAAUAGCCCACAGUUGGUGCAUGAUUCAAACGUAUGUUAUUUAUUGCUCUGGAUUAAGUGAAAUUACAGUUUUAACAGUGAUGUCAUAUGACCGCUAUGUGGCAAUUUGCAGACCACUGCAAUACCACAGCAUUAUGUUCCCACGUGCUGUGUUAAAGUUGCUUUUUGUUUUAAUUUCAAUUUCUUAUGCUCAUAUUGUCCAUGUUUGUAUAUCAUCUAGUGAGGGUAGAGCAAAGUUCAGUAAAACUUGUGUGCCUCAUAUUGUAGUUAUGGUCAUAUAUAUUGUGACUGGAUUGUUUGAUGUAUUUUACAGCUGGGAUGGUUCAGUAAAUCUUCCAAUUGGUGUACGUAAUGUGUUGGCUAUACAAUUUCUGAUUCUUCCCCCACUAUUAAACCCAUUCAUUUAUGGCCUCCAACUUCCAAAGAUUCGAAAAAUCUCUAUUUCUUGA